UCGCCGCUGACUCGAACAAGUAGUACUACCCCGUCACUGUCGACCGCUGAGUAGAUUCCUCCGACGAGAUCAGACCUGACGACCACCUGUUCCGGCAACUGCACCCUAGUUUCACCGAUUAUAAGAUUCAACAUGCAGCUAUCACGAGAAAUGCUGUGCAUCGCAGUAGCGUUGGUUUGCGUUAUCUGCCUGUCCUCAGCCCUUCCAGCCGACAAAGAGAGAUUUCUCAACGAGCUUGACCUCGUAGACGACGACGGCAGCAUGGAGACUGCGCUAAUAAACUACCUCUUCACGAAGCAAAUGGUAAAACGUCUGCACAAUCAGAUUGACAUUGGCGAUCUCCAGCGCAAACGCACCUACUGGAAGCAGUGCGCCUUCAACGCAGUCUCUUGCUUCGGCAAGUAAACCCACCAGAAUAGGAAAAACCCCUGUUUGCACCGGUGUGCAACGACUCCUUUCGAUAUUUUCGUUCCGGUCCUUUCGAACUCGGUCAAAAGUACAUCCGAACAAAUUUUUAAGGAUGUUUAGCCAUUUUCAGAAAAUCUUA